AUGCUCACAUUGAAACAGGGCACGGUGGCGUUCACAAGAUUGUGCCAAAGAAAAAAAUCUUUUCCGAAAAAGGGUGUCGUAGUGAAACCAUUAUUGUUGAAAGAAGUAAGUGCCCGGGCGCAAGUGGAUCUCAUUGAUAUGCAAUCUUGCAAAGAUCAAGACUACAAGUUUAUUUUAAAUUAUCAAGAGCAUUUGACUAAAUUUGUACUCCUCAGGCCUUUAAAAACGAAGACCGCUGCAAAAGUGGCAUACGUUUUAAUUGACUUGUUUUGUGUAUUCGGUGCUCCUGCAGUGCUUCAGCCAGAUAAUGGAAGUGAGUUCGUGAAUUCGAUCAUAAAUGAACUCUCGCUCUUGUGGCCUGGAUUAAAAAUUGUCCAUGGGAAACCUCGCCACUCUCAGGAGCUAGGGAAGCGUAGAGAGAUCAAAUCGAGAUGUGGAAGAUAUGCUGCGGGCGUGGAUGACUGA